UGUGUGUGUGUGUGUGUGUGUGUGUGUGUGUGUGUGUGUGUGUGUGUGUGUGUGUGUGUGUGUGUGUGUGUGUGUGUGUGUGUGUGUGUGUGUGUGUGUGUUUGUAGCCUGUAGGGUAGACCAGGCUGGGCCCCCUGAUGAGUUGAGUCCCCCUCCCCAACCCCUCCUCUCCCAGCGUAGCCAGGUGGGAUGUUCCAGAUGUGUGUCCUCUUAUCUCUGCUCACCCUCUCUGGCUACACCCAGGUCUCCUCGGCUAAAUCUCUGAAGCUCCUGAUGGAACAAUGGACGAGCUACAAGAACCAGUUCUCAGGCAUCGUCGCCACGCCUCCCGCCACAGGACUGGUGUGUAACAGGACGUUUGACCAGUAUGCCUGCUGGCCAGAUGGACUUCCUGGAACAACAGUCAAUGUUUCCUGUCCAUGGUACCUGCCCUGGUACCGCAAAGUCCAGCAGGGUGUGGUGUAUAGAGUGUGCAGUGGGGACGGACGCUGGGCCCCAAAGAACACCAGUGAGUGUGAGCAGGACGACCCAGGACAGCAGCACUAUGGUAGCAUCCUCAGUAAGUUCCGGGCCAUGUACACAGUGGGCUACUCCCUCUCCCUCGGAGCCCUGGUACUGGCUUUGGGCAUCCUGGUAUCAUUCAGGAAGCUCCACUGUAUGAGGAACAACAUCCAUAUGAAUCUGUUUUCCUCCUUCAUCCUGCGUGCUGUCUCCAUCCUGAUUAAAGAUGUCCUGCUAGACUCCCUGUCCGUCCCCCUGGCCCCCGGGGCUGACACCCACCAUCGGACGGUUGCCGGGUGCCGUAUCGCCAUGGUGAUGAUGCAGUACAGCGUCAUCGCCAACAACUAUUGGCUGCUGGUGGAAGGCAUCUACCUGCACAGCCUCCUGGUCGUCACUGUGUUCACUGAGAGGAACUACUUCGGCAUCUACCUGUUUAUCGGCUGGGGUGCUCCUCUGAUAUUCGUGUUGCCGUGGGUGAUAGUCAAAUACCUGUACGAGAAUGAAGAGUGCUGGGAGAGGAACAUCAACAUGGGUUACUGGUGGAUUAUACGUUCUCCCAUCCUGUUAGCUUACCUGAUGAAUUUCUUUAUCUUCAUCCGGAUUAUAAAGAUCCUGAUGUCGAAGCUCAAGGCCCAUCAGAUGAGAUACACAGAUUACAAGUUCAGGCUGGCUAAAUCCACUCUGACCCUCAUCCCUCUGCUGGGUAUUCACGCCAUCCUCUUCACCUUAGUCAUCGAUGAGUCCGUCCCCAAAGGUUCCAAGAUGCGUCUCAUCCGCCUCUUCUACGACCUCCUCUUCAACUCCUUCCAGGGCCUACUGGUGGCCAUCUUGUAUUGUUUCGUCAACAAAGAGGUCCAGUCUGAGAUGUUGAAAAAGUGGAAGAGGUGGAAGCUGGGUAAAGACAUCGAGGAAGAGUACCGUCAUACAUACAGCCACGCGCCUCAUGUCAAAAGUGGCAGCAUCGUCACCGGCAACCUGGCCGGUGUCCAAGACAACAGCAGCGACCCUAAAGACUCACAGUUGACCCCCAAC